AUGGAACGCGCCCAGGCUGCCCUGGGCGAGGCAGCCGCGGCGCUGGCAGCGGCGAGCGGGCCUUCCAGGGGCGCUGCAGAGCAGCUGCACUUCGGGAAGGUGCGCGCGCUCAUCGAAGGCCAAAGGUGGACGGCCACGGACAAAGGGCAGCUGCUGACCCAGCUCGGGCAGACGGGGUUCAGUCACGAUUUGGUCGGCGCCGCGACCGAGUGGCUCUGCGGGAGGCGCACGAAGUCGUUCGCUUCGAAGUUUGUCAUGUUGAUGCGCCACUUGGAGCGCCUCGGGCUUCGGAACCCUUCCGAGCCGACGUUUGGCAUGCUAGCCGCGUGCAUGUUCCUGGCGUGCCGGCGAUCAGGCAUCGAGAAGAACUCGCCGACUCCGCAGCUCUUGGACGUGUACUUGCAGUUGGCGAAGACCACGUGGCGUUCCCCUGCCUACACAGCUGCUCGAGGCAAGGCGACCGAGUUUGUCGGCGCGCCCCCCCCCUCGGCGGCGCUGUUCCAGCAGGAGAGGCCGACGCUGCGCGAGCAGGCGUUCGCCUCGGAGGGGCCCGUGCAGCCGACAAUUGGGCUUCUCGAGACGCAGGUCCUCGGAAAGCUCAUCAGCUUGCGCGGCAACAGGAACGCAACGCUCGGCGCCCAGGCAACGCCACAGCGGGCGGCGUUGCCGCCGACCGCCUUCGCGCAUCUGCCGCCGCCUUCUCCGAUGCAAAGCGUUGCGGUUGCAGCCGCGACGAUUGCCGCGACGCCUCCCUUGGGAGCCGCGACGCCAGCGGCGUUGCCGUUGGGGGUGAUCCCAACGCACAACACCCGCGGCGGGUGGCCGAACCCAGCGGCGGCCGCCCUCUCGCAGCGCGGGCCGACGACUCCCACUCCAGCAGCUCCCGCGGGCGAGCCUGCCGCGAACAUCGCGGGCGAGCCUGCCGCGAUGUCGGGAGCGGCGCCUGCAGCCGCGGCCUCAAAGUUGGGUGAUGGCGCCAAGGUCAAGGCAUCGGCCGUUGACGCCAUGGUGCUGAGCUCGAGCGAGUCCGAGGUGGACGCGAAGGAGGCGCCGCAGAAGAAGGCAAAG